CCUUCUUAUGACUUCCUUCAUGAUAACGAAAUGGCACACCGAGGUAUAAUACCACUGCUUACUAUAAGUCUGAUUUUCAUACCGUGUCAAGCGAAAUAUAUACAAAAUACCGAUGUCUUCACAAAAUCCAUACGUAUGCCAAAUGUCCGACCUCAAAAAGCUGACGCCCUUGUAUGCCAUGGUGUUAAGCUAGAUGAAAGAGAGGCGUAUAUAUUAAAGUAUGAGCCCCACGCCUCAAAACAAGUAGCUCAUCACAUGAUGGUGUAUGGGUGUGGUCAUCCGGGCUCCACGGAGGACUCAUGGGAGUGUGGAGAGAUGGACGAUAGGUCCGAUGACUCGGUAUGCCAAGAUGGCCAACGAGAAAUCGUGUACGCAUGGGCAAUGGACGCAGAUUCACGCGCACUUCCGGAAGGUGUUGGUUUCCGCGUGGGAGGAAGUACAAAAAUUAAAUACCUGGUCAUUCAGCUCCACUAUAAAGGUGCAUUUGAGGAUUCUAAAUUUGAUGACUCUGGAGUUACGUUGACCAUGACUUACACCCGCCAGCCUUUACAAGCCGGGUUCUACGUUUUGGGUAAUUACGGAUACAUACCACCCAUGAUACAGAAUUUCCACAUGGAGUCAGUGUGUCAGUAUACCAACUACACUAUUCACCCGAUAGGAUUUAGGACACAUUCCCAUAAUUUAGGUGUAGUGACGUCAGCAUACUGGAUACGCGAUGGCAGAUGGACGGAGAUCGGACGGAUGUCCCCCCAGCUUCCUCAGGCUUUUUAUGAUGUGUACGCCCCGGGGAUUGACAUUCGCAAAGGAGAUUUGCUGGCGGCAAGAUGUACGAUGAGCAGUGACAGAACGUUCCCCACAAAGAUCGGCGCCACCAAUAAAGACGAGAUGUGCAACUUUUACAUUCUCUACUCAACGGACAACACCAACACGCUAGACGUCCAGUACUGUUUCCGGGAUGCGCAAACGUUUCACUGGGCAGAUUACCUCACCUCGAUACCCCAGAAUGCCAGCAGCACUGACGGAUUACCAGCUUUCACACGAGAAGACCCGUAUGCAUGACUCACCUUGACACAAUAAACAUUAGAUAAUGCAUCA